AUGGGAAUUGAUGAACAAGUAACCAUGGAGAAUUCUAACCACCAUACCUCUGCUGACACUUGGACUCCUUCUACCUGGCGAACGAAAAAAAUACGACAGAAUGUUACUUACGAGGAUCAAGAACAUUUACAGAAAGUUGUUGAAAAAUUAAACAAUGUACCACCUUUGGUAACACCAACAGAGAUUAACAAGCUUCGUCAUCAACUCGAACAAGUCGCGCUCAAUAAAGCUUUUCUAUUGCAAGGGGGUGAUUGCGCUGAACUUUUUGAUUAUUGUUCACAGGAAACAAUCGAAUCAAAACUCAAAGUACUUCUUCAAAUGAGUUUAGUACUCAUAUGGGGUUCUAGAAUUCCUGUAGUUCGAAUUGCCAGAAUGUGUGGUCAAUUUGCGAAACCUCGAUCAAAUGAAAUGGAAAUGUAUGAAGGAAAAGAAAUUCAUUCUUUCCGUGGUGACAUUAUUAAUGGAUAUGAACCUACUGAUAGAACACCCGAUCCGGAUCGUCUUUUAAAAGCCUAUUUCCAUUCUGCUGCAACGCUUAAUUAUGUUAGAUCAAUACUUGGAUCAGAUCUACAUAAUCCUGAUGAAUGGUCGCUUCAUCACGUUCGUUCCAAAGGAAUGCGUCAAGAAUACCAAACAAUAGUUGACCGCCUUACAGAUACUUUGGAUUUCAUGAAGACAAUUGGAGCAGAUGUGCCAUUCUCUCCCAUAACUAGUACAUUAAGCACAUUAAACAGCAUUGAUUUGUUCAUGGCACAUGAAGGAUUAGUACUUGAAUAUGAACAGUGCAUGACACGUUUGUUGAAAGAUCCAGAAACUGGAAGUCCAAAGUGGUACAAUGUUGGUGCUCAUUUCUUAUGGGUAGGUGAUAGGACUAGACAACUUGAUGAAGCCCAUAUUGAGUAUUUUCGUGGAAUUCGUAAUCCUAUUGGUGUUAAAGUGGGCCCCACCAUGCAACCAGAAGAACUUAAAAAAUUAUUGAAUAUAGUGAAUCCUGAUAAAGAGACUGGAAAG